CUGCCCUUUCGCGUUUUGCCUUUAUUAGGACGUUUUUCGCAUAGCCCUCGUGUUCGCCGACUUAUUUUGAAAGAAAAUCGCAUAUUUUCGCGAAUUUGGAGCGAUUAUCCAGGCCUAGAUUUCGAAGGGGUCCUUUUGGAGAGCCAGCAUUGCGAUGAGCACCGAAUCGGCGAAGCCGGCGCCCAGCCAGGAGGCCAUUGUGGCCCAGUUCCAACAGCUGCGCAAUGAUCAGCGCAACCUGGCUAACAGUUUAAAUACGCUCGAAAUGGACUUGAGGGAACACAAAACUGUGAUAGAAACUCUGCAGGCGGCCGAUCCGGAGCGCAAGUGCUUCCGUCAAAUUGGCGGCGUUCUGUGCGAACGCACGGUGAAGGAGGUGCUGCCGCAGCUGGUGGAGAACAAGGACUUCAUCGCCAAGACCAUCGUCAUGGUCACCGACGAUCUGAGCAAAAAGGGCAGCGAGCUGAACAAGUUCAAGGAGGAGCACAACAUCAAGAUCCGGGGCGAGCACCUGGGCGCCGAGGGAGCCAAGGGCGCGGAUGCGGAGAACAAGGCGGAAAACCGCAACGUUCUGGUGUCCAACUAGGAGCCAUUGAUUUACCUCACCACACCGUAUUUAUUGUGUCUAUGUUGAGUGGGAACUCUGCCAGGAUUUGCGAGCGAUAAUCCGCGUUUAUUGAACACUUCUAAUGUUGUAUGUACUUCUAGCUGUAAGGCUCAGUUCGCGACACGCCCCCAAUCGCACCUUCACACCAACACUAUCCAUAAAUUCCCUCAUCUGAACUUAAUCCACUCUGGCCACGAAUUAAAGAGAACCGCAACCUUAAACUUCAGAAAGAAAUUAA